UGGGGGUUGUGGGGGGGUUCUGCUCUUGCAGCUCCUCCGUGGAGCCUUUUGCUGGGCAAAUGCUGCGGGGACUCACUGGCCGGAGCCCAGCUGGCCCACGGGGGGGAAGGGGCAGGGACUUGCCCGGGGUUCUGGGGGGCAGAGGCAGAGCUGGCAGCAGAGCCCCCCCCCAUCUCCUGCACCCCAGCCCGGGCUCUGCCUCCGGAAUGACAUUCCUCGUGCCAGGGAAGCAGGUCUUUCCAGAACCGGGAGAGCCACUGCCCCGGGGUCCCGUCCCUCGGGGACCCCUGGGUCCCCCACCCCUGGGUCCCCCGUCCCUCUGGGGCCGUCGCUGCCACUUUUGGGGGGUAGUUUCUUGGGUUUAGCUCCCUCCUGAGAGGUGUCAACAAGCCAAUUGGAUCCAAACAAGCCUUUUCCUUCCUUGCCAUCUUCAGUGUCUUUUUUUUUUUUUUCCCCUCUUGCACCUCCUUGAACACCUUUUGAGCAAACCCGGCUUCCCAUCCCCUCGAUGGCCCAGAAAGUGUCCCCGUGGCCACCUGCCCUGGCCCCUCUUGGCCCAGGUGUUGUCCCAGCCCUCGGGAGCUGGGCUGUUGGCUGUGUCCCACAGGUCCUUGGUCCCCGCUGUGGUGUGGAGGGGGGGCUGGCAGAGGGUCAGGCUGGUCCCAGGAGCCUGGUGUGUCUUGGAUGAGCCAGUGCAGCCCCCCAACGCCACCCUGUGACCCCCCCUCUGCUGCCUUUGAGGUGGGAGGGAACCCUCUCCCCAUGGAUGUCUGUGCUGCAGGUGCAGAACCAAAGGGACCUGCUGGUCCUGCACCUCCCCAUCCUGCCUGGGCAGGGGGUCCCCACGAGGUCUCAGCUUUGACGUGUCAUUUUUCUUCCCCCCCCCACGUCUUACCCUGCAGGAUGCAAAAUCAAGGCCCUACGUGCCAAGACCAACACGUACAUCAAGACGCCGGUCAGGGGCGAGGAGCCCGUUUUCAUCGUGACUGGGAGGAAGGAGGACGUGGAGAUGGCGAAAAGGGAGAUCCUCUCGGCCGCCGAGCACUUCUCCAUGAUCCGGGCCACGCGCAACAAAGCCAACGGGCUGACGGGAGCCAUGCAGGGACCCCCCAACCUGCCGGGCCAGACCACCAUCCAGGUGAGGGUCCCCUACCGCGUGGUGGGGCUGGUGGUGGGACCCAAGGGAGCCACCAUCAAGCGGAUCCAGCAGCAGACGCACACCUACAUCGUGACCCCCAGCCGGGACAAGGAGCCCGUCUUCGAGGUGACGGGGAUGCCGGAGAACGUGGACCGGGCCAGGGAGGAGAUUGAGGCCCACAUCACCAUGCGGACAGGCUCCUUCAUUGACGUCAACACCGACAACGACUUCCACUCCAACGGCACCGACGUCUGCCUCGACCUGCAGGGCAGCACGGCCAGCCUGUGGGCCAAAGCCCCCCACCCAGCUCGCCGGCCCACCGCCUCCCUGCGCAACGACAGCCUCAGCUCCCUGGGCAGCACCUCCACCGAGUCCUACUACAGCGGGCGGGUGGCCGACGCCAGCCCCACCAGCCCCUACAGCACCAGCAGCGGCUUCACCUUCAGCGAGCCCCCGGCCCCGCUGGGCUCGGAGGAGUGCGACUUCGGCUUCGACUUCUUGGCCCUCGACCUCACCACCCCCACCACCACCAUCUGGUCGCCCUUCGAGCGCUCGGGCAACCCUUUGCAAGCCUUCAGCAGCUGCUCCUCCAUCAGCGGCUCGCAGAGACGCAACAGCGGGGCGGCCACCCCGCGCCACUCGCCCACCCUCCCCGAGAGCGGGGUGGCCCUGGACCACCCUUUAGCCCGCCGCAUCCAGAGCGACCCCGUCAGCACCUUGUCCUGGUUGCCCACCCAAGGUUCGCUCUCCUCCUUCUCCAACAGCACCGGCUACUCCUCCUCCUCCUCCCUGCCCGGCAGCGUCUCGGCCGCGUCGGGCUCACCCACCGACUCCAGCAGCUCCGAGGGGCACCGCAAGAGCUCCCGCGAGUGCAUGGUGUGCUUCGAGAGCGAGGUCAUCGCCGCCCUGGUGCCCUGCGGCCACAACCUCUUCUGCAUGGAGUGCGCCAUGCGCAUCUGCGGCAAGGCCGAGCCCGAGUGUCCCGCUUGCCACACUCCCGCCACGCAAGCCAUCCACAUCUUCUCCUAGCCGGGUCCUGGUGGCCACGGGGAAGGGGGGAAGGUGGGAGGGCAGCCAGCCCUCCCCUCCGCUCCCCCCUUCCCCCACACCGUUCCCCCCCACCCCCACUAUGCUUU